UUAAAAAAUAAGAUUCAUAGUUGGUUAAGUUGAAGGCAGCCAUUGAAGCAUGAAUUAGGACACAAAAACCCAACAAAUCCAUGGAGUUGAAUUGAAAAAAUGGACCAACAAGACUCUAACAGCAACAAAGAGAAUCAAUCUUGCUCUUCAAGUGAUUCAAAUCCAUGCCCCAUAUGCCUUGCUCCUUUCCUUCAAGAAUCCUAUCUUGACACUUGCUUCCAUAAAUUUUGUUACAAAUGCAUUUUACAAUGGACUAAAGUAGUUUCUCGCAAGGAAUCUCGGCGGCCUUCUUCUGUUAAAUGUCCUUUAUGCAAGACGGAUAAUUUUUCGUUAAUUUAUGGAUAUGAUGGAAGUUCAUUCCAACGACAUUAUGUAAAUCAGGGUUUUGAGGACAGUUCAUUCUUUUCAAAAGCACACAAGUACAGAUUACAGUGCUAUUAUACUGAACCAGGUAUCCUGAAUGACGCAAUUAAUGUAUCACGAUAUUGGAAGUUGCGCAAGUAUCUUCAGCCAAAUCGAUGGCUGCAAAGUUGGCUGAGAAGAGAAGUUCAAGCUCUGCUGCAGGAAGAGGAUAUUGAAGUCAUUCUAUAUCAUAUUCUUGGUACGGUCAAUUCAUUCUUUAGCAGAAAUGAACACAUGCGUCAAACAAAAACACCUGAAACGAAACAAGAAGAGUUCAAGGCUGUAGUAUCUAAUGCAGCGAGGCCUUUUCUAACAGCAAAAACAGAUCGAUUCGUGAUAGAGUUGGAAUUGUUUCUUGCUUCAGGUUUGAACAUUGAAGCCUAUGAUGAAGUCUACCUGCAGCAAAUGGGUUGGAACACUCCAAAAACCACUGAGGCUGGAGGAGAAUCUAUUGAACACAACCCCGUAGUUCCGUACUUGUAUAUCUUUGAUGCCAACUCUGAAAACGAUUGAGAGAUUCGUUCUAGAAACGACUGCUUUUCCAAUAGCAUAGAUUUGUAGUAAAUGUUGUGAUAUGGAUUUGCGUAAAUGUUUAAGGUUUCCAGAUAUACAAAACAAGAAGCUAGUUCUUUAAUGCAUCAAUCAUGUAAAUGACUAAACAAUUAACAAUUUUUUGUCGUUGAUUUUGCAUUAA